GUUCUUAGACUUAUCCAACCCAAGAACUUCUUACAUAGCAACCUAUUCUCCAUCUCAUUGUUCUCACUUCUCACUUGGAUCAUUUUCAAACUUAGAAAGAAAUUAUGGGUGUUGUCACUUAUGACUUGGAGAUCACUGCUGCAAUCCCCCCAGCCAAAAUGUUUAAGGCCUUUGUCCUUGAUUCCGACAACCUAAUCCCCAAAAUCCUCCCACAAGCUAUUAAAAGUAUUGAGACACUCGAAGGAAAUGGAGGGCCUGGAACAAUCAAGCAAAUUAACUUUGGUGAAGCUAGCCAGUUCAAAUUCAUGAAGCACCGGAUUGAUUCAUUAGACAAAGAGAAUUUCGCAUUUGGCUACAGUGUGAUUGAAGGUGAUGCUUUGAUGAGCACACUCGAAAAAAUUGCUAAUGAGAUUAAGUUUGAGUCGUCCCCAGAUGGAGGAUGCAUUUGCAAGAGCACAAGCAAAUACUACACCAUUGGAGACAUAGAGAUCAAGGAAGAGCAAAUUAAGGCUGGAAAAGAGAAGGGAAUGGGAAUGUUCAAGGCUGUCGAAAGCUACCUCUUGGCUAACCCUGACUAUUAAGUCGAGGCUGUUAUGUCUUUGUAUUAUUUGAGAUAGGAGUCUUUUGUGUCUACCUUUCAAUCAUUGGUUAAAUUGGUGUGCCUUUGAUGUUCCUUGCGUCUAGCCAAUGCCUGGUAAUAAGAGUUUUGAGGGCAAUGUU